UUUGCGUUCACGCGCGUGUGUUUAGACGUCCCCUAUGGCUCGGUGUGACUUUUUCAAGGAGAAUCCGGGAUCAUUCGAUAAAAAACCCUAACAAAAUGUGUCAAAAUCGAAAUUCGCUAAUACGCAUGCGUGGACCUGUCAGUGCAACACGUAAACACUGGUGACCUUUAAUUUUGGAUUAUUUUAUAUUUUACGAAAAUACAGCUUUGACGCUUUAUAAUACAUUUUUAAAUUAAAAAACGCGUUUUUGUGGUGAAAAUAGUGUGAGUUUAAUUCAUGAAAUGGCGAAACCGAAUUCCGGCUUGGAGUUAGACGCGAUUUUGGCGCAGCUGGGCCCUUUCGGGAGAUAUAAUCUUGUUAACUAUGCGUUUCUUUUGUUCCCCGUUUAUUUGGCGGGAAUUUUCGGGUCCAUCUACGUGUUCGAAGCUCCUGACAUCAACUACAGAUGUCACGUGAGCGAGUGUGCUCAUUUAGAAAAUACUUCAUGGGUGACGAACGCCAUACCUCUGGUGAAAGAAGAGUUUUCAAAAUGCACAAGAUACCAGAUGGCGAGAGAUGAGUACUCGUAUACAAAUGACACGAUGUGUGUCGCUGAAGACUUCAAGAAUAAAACUAUGCCAUGCGCAAAGUUUGACUAUAGUGAAGAGGAAUACUCCAUAGUUAAGGACUUUGACCUGGGCUGCCAAGACAUGAAGAGAACCCUCGUAGGCACCAUCCACAACGCAGGCCUCUUCGUAUCCUUGCCUCUGACUGGCAUCAUAUCCGACAGGUUUGGGAGGAGGACAGCCCUGUCUAUAGCCUCUCUGAUGAACGGCAUAUUUGGCAUCCUCAGAUCUUUCUCAAUCAACUACGAGAUGUUCAUGGCGUUUGAGUUCUUGGAAACGGCGAUGGGCGCCGGAGCUUAUAGUACUGCGUUUGUUUUAGCUAUGGAGCUGGUCGGCCCCAAAGGCCGAGUCUUCGGCAACACCAUCAUCAAUGUUCUCUACGUCUUCGGCGUCAUGACCCUCUCAGGCCUGUCCUGGUACCUUCAAAACUGGCGCCAACUCCUGCGCAUCGUCUACACACCAGCUCUACUAGUCUUCUCAUACCUCUGGAUCCUCAACGAAAGCGUCAGAUGGCUUCUCAGCAAAGGGAGAACUGACGAAGCCGUUGCAAUCCUCAACAAAGCCGCCAAAAUGAAUAACGUGGAGCUCUCCGAGGAACUACUUUCGCCCCUGUAUCAUAAAGUGCCUUUGGAACAAAAGGAAGAAGUGGUAGCUGAUAAGGAAUCGUCGACGUUCAUCAAAGUUGUGAAAUCUAGUAUUAUAAGACAAAGACUGGUUGUGUGCUCUUUCCUGUGGAUUACUUGUACGUUUGUGUACUACGGACUGUCGAUAAACUCAGUGUCGCUAGCCGGGAAUAAAUAUCUGAACUUUAUGUUGGUGGGAUUCGUGGAGAUUCCAGCGAAUUUCGCGUGCUUCUUAGUCUUGGACAGAUUCGGGAGGAAAAGGACGUUGAUUACGACAUACGUGUUGAGUGCGUGCUUGUGUAUAAGCUUAUCGUUUCUGCCCAAAGGUCAAAAAUGGCUGUCCUUAGUCAUCUAUCUGAGCGGCAAAUUCAGCAUCACAGUAGCAUACAGUUCUGUCUACAUUUACGUGUCUGAAGUGUUCCCGACCAAUGUCAGGCAGUCCUUGUUGGCGGUCUGCUCGUCUCUAGGCAGGGUUGGGUCGACUUUGGCACCGUUAACGCAGUUGCUGUUCUGUCUAAAUCUACCUACGUGUCCGAGGUGUUCCUGA